AUUAUUUAUUUUAAUUAGGACCAGACUUAAGAUUCAGUUAUAAUGUCUCUGGUAGAAAAGUCUAAUUCAUCUCUUUCUAAACACAGUGAUCAUCACGAUUUUAACAGUGUUCUUAUCAAUCUUGAGACUACUUGAAGGUUUUCUUCUGAAACAUCAGGUUCAUUGAACGAGACAUCCCACACGGACAGCUAUUCUAGGCUACUCUGUACAAAUCCCCAUAGAGUCUGUGAAUUAUUUUCUUCAAAAAUCCAAUCUUCUAUAGCUUUUAGUACGCGUAGAAAAUUCUUGAGCGCGCAAUCCACAUUCCGCUUUCGUUCUCAACGGCACGAAGCGCGAAAGAAGCAUUGAGUGGUGUUGGCGGGAGAGCGAGAACGCCUCUGGCGAUCAGUCCGCUGAGGAGUUUGUGGGGCAGAGGACGCGGCUGUGGCAUUGAUAACGGGCUCCGAACGCGACCACCUGACCUCCCACCUGAGACUCGAUCGCCACCGAACUAUUCCAUUUGGCCAGUCAUUCGCCAGCAUUCAAUGGACACACUCUGCACGCUAGCCGCGCACCCGCGGAACAGUAUCAUCCCAUUGUCAUCGCGUGUCCGAUGAAUUGGCGUCUCUCGCAAGUUUUGCCUGGUGAAAUUGAUUUGGUUGUUGUGUGGGAAUUUUCCUUGACUGGAAGUAUUCCCCAAGUGUGGGAUUUGCAUGUGAAUAACAGUGGAUUUGUGUGAGUGGAGAAUAAAAUGACACAGGUGAAAAUGGAUACGAAGAGUGUGAGACAGCGGUCUGGUGUGGAAUCACCACAGAAGAAUGGCCAUAAGUUUCGUCAUGAUUUUUCCGACAAUCGAACUACCACAGAUGAAGAGGAAGAGGAGGAACCACUUCCUGGUUCUACUAGAAAUUUCCCCAUCACCAAAGAACUACCCCAGGGUACAGAUAAAGUGCCCGAGAUGCUGAAACAUCUUCUAAUAAGACUCCCACAGAAAUGGCGAAAUGCUCUCGUACGAUCAAUUUUUGGCUUUGUCAUGAUCUCACUCUUCUCCCUGAUCAUCUAUCUAGGACCCAUAGGGCUCAUUGUUUUGAUUCUGGCCAUUCAGGUGAAGUGUUUCCAAGAGAUCAUCUCUAUUGGCCAUUCAGUGUACAGAAUUCACGGAUUGCCGUGGUUCCGGAGUCUCUCAUGGUAUUUUCUCCUCACCACAAACUACUUCUUCUACGGAGAAAAUGUUCUUGACUUCUUCGGAGUGCUAGUGGACAAAGUAGAGUACUUGCACUUCCUGGUCAAGUAUCAUAGAUUUCUCUCCUUCAGUCUCUACUGCGGAGGCUUCAUCUGGUUUGUACUGUCACUCGUGAAAAAGUACUACCUGAAGCAGUUUUCACUGUUUGCAUGGACACACGUUGCCCUGUUGAUUGUCGUCACGCAGAGUUAUUUCAUCAUUCAGAAUGUCUUCCAGGGCCUCAUCUGGUUCCUAACGCCAGUCUCCAUGAUCAUAUGCAAUGACCUGAUGGCGUACUUCUUCGGGCUGUUCUUCGGCCGAACUCCUUUGAUAAAAUUGAGCCCCAAGAAAACAUGGGAAGGAUUUAUCGGUGGUGGAAUAGCAACUGUGGCCUUUGGAGCUGUACUGUCGUGGUGUCUCUGCCAUUCCAGCUACUUCACAUGUCCCGUGGAAUACGACGAAACUCUAGGCAGGAUUGUGGUGACCACCUGCAAGCCCAGUUACCUCUUCCGACCACAAGAAUUAGAAGCCUUUGGCUGGACCUUCACUGUCUUUCCCUUUAUGAUACACUCCCUCUGGCUGAGCCUUUUUAGUGCUGUUAUCGGACCCUUUGGAGGCUUCUUCGCCUCAGGCUUCAAACGUGCCUUCAAGAUCAAAGACUUUGGAGAUGUAAUUCCCGGACAUGGAGGCAUUAUGGAUCGUUUUGAUUGUCAGUUUCUCAUGGCAACAUUCGUUAAUGUAUACAUCUCCAGUUUCAUUCGGACAGCGUCUCCAGCCAAGCUCUUAGCUCAAGUCUUCACAUUGAAACCCGAUCAGCAAUUGCAAUUCUACCAUACACUCAAGGAUCACCUGGAGAAUUUGGGAGUUCUGUAAAAGCAUAAACCACCUUACGUAUUAUAUAUUGUUAUAUGUCACAGGAAAUGUUAUAUAUAUUAAUUAUCCUGAAGUAGGAGUUAUAUUGUAAGGAAUUUAUGAAAUUCCUCAAGGUCUUCCAAUAUAUAGAUUUGUAAAUAAAAUAUUUCAUAAUGUU